AUGACGGCGGAGGAGAACACUCUACAUAGCGUUGCUGAUAAACAGCUGUCGACGAACCUUGCAACGUUGAUUGAGUCACCAAGAAUCGCUAAUAUCCAUGAAAUUGUAAGUGAGUGCACCACGACAUCCACAACUGCGGAAUCGUCAAAUGCGAAGGAAAUAGCUCGCAAGAUCCUCGAAGGACGUUGGGAGAAAAUAGAGUUUGUCGAUUAUGCGAAUUUUUUGGGCUCAGCAGAAAAUAGUGCGGUUCUGCGAGAAUUUGUGCUGCUGUUGGAUCCAUUACCGUCUUCGCUCACAGCCACGCUGAGGAAACUCUCAGGGAGCAUAUAUUUCAUUGCAGAGGCUGCAAGUAUCGACACAAUUCUCGAAGCUCUUGCUAAGCAAUGGCUGGAAGAGCACAAGAAACGGCACUACCAAAACGAUUAUCGUCUGUGCCACAUCGUGUUGUUCGCGCUGCUGAUGCUCAACUCUGCUCUGCAUAAUUCCGCCACCGAUUGCAGGUUCACGCUUCAGGAUUUCAAAGCUAACACCCUUUAUGCCCUGAAAAAGGAAUGCAGCGAUAUCGAUGUGGCCAAAUUUGAAAAAGAGCUCACACAUUGCUAUCUAUCGCUUGAAAGUCGCGAACUGCCGCUGUUGAAGCACACACACCCAUCGGGACGACCCAUGUCCAUCAGACGAAGCGGAGACCGUCAAGCUAAUGGUCUAAACAGCAGCACCAAUAUGAAGAAACGGUCUAUCCUGUCCAUACGCGUUAAUUCCUUGGAACGUAUGCACUCUAAUAGGUCUUCUACUUCUACUUUAAACAGCUCCUCCACGUUCAUGUCUCGCGAAACCACGGCCACCAGUAACUAUCGAAUGCGUAACAAGAAGCCUCUGCAAAAACUGUACGCCGAAGAAUCAUUUGACGAAGAAAUGCAACAAUUACCAAAUACUCCUUGGUUCAUCGAUACUGUGGUAGAAAGCCAAGAAGCAACCAAUUCAAAUAGUGCCACGCCACAACUGCUGGCACCAUCGAAUGCCCCAAAACGCAAACUCUUCUCGUGGCUCAGGAAGGGCUCAAAGGACACACUUUUCCGGGAAAAUGCUCACGCCGCUAUGUCGCAUACUGGUUAUCGCGCACGCAUAAGGGUUUAUCAGGGACGUUUGUUCAUUUACAAAUUUAAGCUUUCAGGUCUUGAUCGCAUAACGCCCGGCCAGAUACAGAGCUGGGAUUUAGAAGUUUGCCAAAAAAACUGCUCCCACUUCUAUGUUUACAACCUGUUUGGCACACUGGCUUCGGUGGUGCAGGAAAAUAUUGUAGCGAGCCAGAAAUCCAAUUCCAGCACCACGAGCCUCACUCUUGAGUUCCCACACGGGAUAGACUCGACGAGUGGGCUGGCAUUUCGGUUUCAAACCUGCAAUUUGCAAGAAGCUCAGCAUCUCUCUUCCUGUCUUAAUUUUUGGGCAGCGCGCAUCACACCGAUCCCGUCAGCACAGGCGGAAAUGAUAUCGAACGAAGAGUAUGGAUGGAGCGCAAAUCUGUUGAACGGUGAAAACGCUACAACACAGGUGGAUCUGCGGAAAUGGGCGCCGCUGGUAAGCUUGGACGCCUUGUUCGCAGACCUAGAAGAGAGUAUUGCGAUGUGGGACUUCGGUUCUCAAUUGCGAGACCUUGAAGCAUUCACCGAUACCUUGGGUUCGCAACUCGAUGCCCACAACGCUCUGAAAUCUCGCAUGGUCCAGGUGUGGUCUUCGAUGGCAACAGCAUCGAAUCACCAUCUAUUCGAAUCUGCUAUGGAUAACUGGAACAACAAAUACCUCUAUCUCAAUCAGCAGUACAGCAAGCAUCUUGUGUAUCUCAAAGCACUCCAAAAUGCUCUGCAGUCUCUCCACGAGCAUGGGAAAUCAUUGGACCUCCACCGUUGA